AUGGCAAGGACUGUCGAAGAGUCCAAAGUUUCCGCCGCCAGCGAAGCGCCCGUCAAACGCGGUCGCGGUCGUCCCCCCAAGGGCAGCGGUGUUGUCAAGAAGCAGCCUUAUGUGCCGUCGGGUAAGCCUCGAGGUCGGCCGCCCACCGGCAGAACCAAGCCCGCCUAUGUUCCUACAGGCAAGCCCCGUGGCCGUCCCAAGGGCUCUGGCAAGGCUGCCUCGGCCACCACUCCCAAGAAGGCCGCUGCUGGCACUGGUCGGGGUCGCGGAAGACCCCCGUCCGCUGCCACAACUACCACUGAUGGAAGCGCCAAACGCGGCCGUCGUCCGCGUGCCUCCAAUGCCGUUGGUCUGCAGACACCCACUACCUCCCAGCGUGGCAAGGGUCGCGGCCGCAAGAGCAACGCUGAUGCCGCCGAGGAGCAGCUGGCCCAGGAGGAUCAGGAGGCCAAUGCCGAUACUGUCGAUGAGGACGCCGAAGAUGCCGAGGACUUUGAGACUGGUGAGGACGCCGAGGGUGUUGAGGAUGCUGAGGAUGCCGAAGAUGCAGAGAGAGAUGACUGA